UUGACCGUAAUCCCUCCUAUUCGGCGAACUGCUAAUUACUCAUCCACUUUGUACCUGAGGCGUACUUGCUCAAUUGCGAGACUAUAAAAUCCAAACAUUUCCGUAUGAUUCAUCAUGAUUUUGGGAUUAUGAGAUGAAUCCGAAGCCUAUUUUACUCCUCUGCCGUUCCAGGGUUCAUUGAAAUGCGUGAAAGGCGCAGGAGAAUAGAUUAUGCAUUUUUAAAUUUUACAAUUAGCCAGGCCGUAGAGGUAAUUAUAAUUCGAAGAUGUGACUUGCUUUUUUGCGACAUUGCAAAAUCUUGUGCGCGGGCCAAUUGAUUAUGCUAUUUUUAUUAAUCUUGACUAUGGGACGAUCUAGAUAAGCAACAUGAAUUAGUUCAGCAUCGGCAGAUAUAAAAUGAAAUAGAAUUUUUCAGUUUACAGGCACUUAUUUCUUGAAUGGCAAGACUACUUUUUGAGAAGUAAAUAUACUAUACAUCUAUCAAAUGAUCAGAGAGAAAAAAAGAAAAAUUUAGGAAACUAACGCUCAUUCGUUGGCAAGCAAUCAUGGCAGAUGCGGCGGCGAGGCGUGAAGCUCGGCGGAAAAGAAUUUUGGAAAAUUCGGAAAAUCGUCUUCAAAGAAUUACCGGAGCUAGAUGCAACGUCCGAGAAGAGAAAUCGAAUCUAAAUUCCUAUACCCCAACGAAUCCACAACGCGACACUGAACAGGACAAAGAAUUCGUACCGGACACAAACGGUCACCCUGCCCUCACACAACCCAAGAAUGACCUUUUUAAUAAAUUAUAUUCAGGAGACCAAGAUUUCUUGAUUCAGACAUUAUUGUCUAACAAUAUACGUAAGCGGAAUGUUAACGGGGAGGGAUUUUCUAUCGACGACAGUUUCGAUUUAACAAAUCACUCCGCAAGGAAUGAAAGUUUUUCUCCCGGCAAUGAGCGACACACGAGUAGUGUAAAUAAAGCAACUAACGAGCCUGACGAUGAUGUCAAUACGCAUGAAUCUGUUGGAAAGAUAUCUGCCGAGCCAUCCUUAUUCUGUAGUGUGUUUGAUAGUAAAUUGAUCCUUGUGCUCCUUGCAGCUCUUGUAAAUAUAUUGUACCUUUUACAACUUCAACAUUUAUGUGGCAAGACCAUCCUCGCACCAUUCCUAGCUCUAAUGUUGAUACGGCUGAAUUUGGCUGACGAUAAAUCAGGAUCGCAAGGUGGAAAUAUGGUAUUUGCAGCGUUAAUUUUGUGCAGUAUAAAACCUGAGCUGGUUCAUAAUCUUAGACGAGUGAUAAAAAUAUUCAAGAAGAUUACAGAGGAUUUUUCGAUCUACAUAUUCAGCUUCGUCAUAAUGUACAACAUGGCUUGUUCGUAUUGGAACGACAUCGACGUUACAAUUUCGACCGUUGAUUUAGCAGAAAAUGUACAAUCGCAAUAACUAACAUAAAAAUAACUCUUUUGCCUCUUAAUUAUUUCUCGCCGCAACACGAAAGCAUCUUUUUUGUAUAAUUGUAAAUAAAUAUAAUAAAUGCGCUAUUUUCAAAAGCCGAA